AGUGGAGGCAGCGGGCAGACAGACAGAGGGGUUCAGGGUGGAGGUCCGGCAGACCGGUGAGCACAGCGGAGACACAGCGGGACGUCACGAUGUCUAAGUUUGAUCUUCCUCCGAGUUAUGAAGAGUCCGCACAUCAUCAGUAUGGUCCUCAGCAGCAGGGGGGUAGCUAUCCAUACGCGGCGUACGGCUUCCCCCCACAGCCAGGGGUCUACGCCGGAUCAGGGCAGCCUGGGAUGCACCCUCCGGCCGGAACGUGGCACGGACCAGGAUAUCCAGCACAUGGGAUGCCAUCCGUCAUACCAACCUUCUCUCCUUCAGGGAUGCCUUCCUCCAACCCCGGAGACUCUGAAGGCUUCGCAGCAAGUGGAUUAUGGGAAAGCUUGAGCGUCCGGCAUGCGUUCAUCAGAAAGGUCUACCUUAUUUUGGCAGCACAGCUUUUGCUCACAACCUCAAUUGUAGCUGUGUUCACAUUCGUUGAUCCCGUACGUCUGUUUGUAAUCCAGAAUCCUGGCAUUUACUGGGCAUCAUUUGCUGUGUACUUUGUUGUAUACCUUGUGCUGGUGUGCUGUGAGAAGCCACGGAGACGAUAUCCUUGGAAUUUGGUUCUUCUCUUAGUUUUCACUCUUGCCAUGUCCUACAUGACAGGAACAAUAGCAAGUUUUUUUGACACCAAAGCAGUGUUCCUGGCCCUGGGGAUAACAGCGAUAGUUUGUGUCGCUGUGACGGUCUUCUGUUUUCAGACAAAGGUGGACUUCACCUCCUGCACCGGUCUGUUGUGUGUUAUGGGAGUCGUUGUCUUGGUUACAGGCAUCAUUACAACCAUCGUGCUCUCCUUUCAGUAUGUUCCUUGGCUUCACAUGCUGUACGCUGCGAUCGGAGCGAUAGUCUACACCCUGUUUCUGGCGUAUCACACUCAGGUGCUGAUAGGGAACCGCGCUCACACCAUCAGCCCGGAGGAGUACGUCUUCGCAGCUCUUUCUCUCUACGUAGACAUCGUACAGAUCUUCAUCUUCCUGCUGCAGAUCACCGGCAGCUCCUCAGAGUGAACACCGGGGUAGGGCUGCGUGUGCAAACACAUAUUUAAUCCCCUGCAGUUUCAACACUCAGAACACCUUCACGGCGCUGCUCUCUGUGCGGUGAUGGAUCACAGUGUGUUGUGUUGACUGUAUAUCAAAUCUGCUUCUGCACUUUAAAAUUAUAAAUCACAAACGCUUUCAUUUGCGUUUUUGAAGCCCUGUUAUAUCAGCCGUGUUUCAGUGAGCACAUAGAGGAGGCUACUCAUUUAACAUUUGUUAAAGUUGAUUAAUGUAGAAUUAAUUUGAAAUGCAGAAAAUCUAUUUAUUUAAUCUGUUGAUUUAUGAUGACAUGCUACACUGUGUUCUCUGUUGUUUGUGUCAAGUUUGUAUUUACUUAAUUUUAUUUUCAUAAUAUAAGACUAAA